GGGUUCUGAUUUAUUAUGAUUGCUGUGCAGAAUUUACCGUCUAACAUGACUCUGGAUUUGUAUACAUCUAUAGUAGAAGCGGAGGAAGCAGAGUGGGAAGUAGCAUGUUCAGCUCUGGCCCAGAGGCUAGGUGAGGAGUUGAGGGCUGCCAAGUCUGCACAGUUAUCCUGUGGUGAGGUGUUGCUGCCACGAGAGUUGCUGCCUACAGUCGCUAGCGAGAUACUGGCCCAGUCCGUCUGCGAGCCCUGUGGUCUAAGGGGCUGCACCCUGGACAUCCAGCUAGAGACUGAGGAAGGCAGUCAGGUGAAGAUCAGCAGCAUCAAGUGGGACCCUCAGAUGAGCUCCACCUUCCUGCUGAGUCUAACGCUGAGGCAAGACACAACACACAAGUGGCGACUUUCUCAGCUGCUGAAGACUUUGACCAAGGGUCGCACUCUGGUCAUCAGCAACAACUUCCUCCUACACAAGACAAGGCUCUACCGGUCCCUCUCUAACACCCAGUGAGUAAUCAUGUCAGAUUUGACUAUUGAUACAUCAAAGUAGACAUCCCAAAGGCAUUUUCAAGCUAUAACCAGUUUUAAA